CAACCUCAUCACCAGAUGUGACCGGUUCCAGAAUUAUCCUCAUCUCCGGCCCAGAGGGCAGGGACCCACCCAGGGUCAGACCGCUGGGAUGUGGUGGAGGCUGCUGGGAAAUUCUGGGCUCCUCGCACGGUUCCCACCCCAGGAAGAAUGAAGGCAUCUCAUCAGAGGCCCGAGGAGAAGGGAGGGAGGAGGAAGAAGUGGGGGAGGGGGCCCAGUUCCCUUGGGCCUGGUGCUCCCACCUGGGACUGUCCAUGACGGUGCCUGUGGCUUCAGCAGGGAUGUGCCCCAGUGGCCGGGGGCGCAUCUUCACUGCUGUGGGAGCUACUUAGGACGGUUUGUCACCCGCCAGCUGCCCGCUGUUCGCUUAUUGACUUACAUAAGCACCACCCAAGGGUGUUUGUACAGUUGUCUCAGUCUUCCUGUCCGUCUCCCACCUGCCUGCCUCACCUCUGGGGAGAUGCGCUGGCAAUGUAACGGAGACCCAAUCCUGCGUGAGGACAACCCAGGCCGGGCACGCCUGCGCAUCCUCCCCACGAUCAGAUGGUGCUGGGGUCCCAUUCUACAGAUGAGGACACCGAGGUCUUGGGCUUUGCUCCUUCAAGCCCAGCACGGGGCGGGCCUGGGAUGACCAUUCCAGGAGGUGUCGCUCUGAUGCCCCUGGCACUGGUUCAAAUCCGCCUCGGCCACCUCCUGAUCGUGUGAAUUAGGGAAGUCAGAUGAUCUCUCUAGGACUCAGUGUUCCUUUCUGUAAAAUGGGGGUGGUAUCUUUGCUCUGCCUGGAUUGUCAGGUGGUUCAGGGGCUAAUGUAUUCGUUGGAGCCACGUGAAACCACGACCAUUUGUGACCCGCCCUUGGGAUCAGUGCUUCUCCACGGGGCACAGGAGUCUCCAGGGAUGUUCUUAACAGGCGGAUUCCGCUCAGCUGGUCUGAGGUGGGCCUGGCACUGUGCGUGCCUGAGCAGCGCCCGGGGAGCGGCUGCUGUCAGUGGGCCACACUCUCAGGAGCAACAGUGUAGACUAGACUACGCACUGGGCUGUGCCAGGCACUGGGCUGGCGCCUGUAUGCCCAUCCUCACACCGAUCCUUAUGGCCCCCCUGCCAGGCAAACGUGGCCACCCCGUUUACAGAUGGGGAAGCCGAGGCCCAGAGAGGUCAAUGCCCCACCCAGGGACACACAGCCAGACUGGCACGCCGGGGUCCCAAAGCCAGGCCUGUGGGGUUUACAGGGUCCUGGUCCAUGAAUCCAAACCUUUGCACAGGCCCCUGGGCCCUGCCCGUGGGGACCUAGGAUACACCCAGGACAUGAAGGCAUCUUCGAGUGGCCUCCAGGCAGUGGUGGGAAGGGACAGCUUGCGCCUUUGGGAGCUCACCCCAGGGAAAGCUCGCCAGCGGGCAGGCAGGCGUGGCGAGGACGUGGGUGUGUUUUGGGGUAAAAAUAAGCCCCCCGCUAUUCCUUGUGAACCCCAGCCUCGCCCCGACCCCUUCUCUCCUUCCCUCCAUCUCUACCGAGUCCCUGCCCAGGGGUCCUUCCCCCGACCGAGGAGGGCCGGGGUCCCUGGAGUUGGCAGGACUGUCACUCCAUUUCUGUCCCUCAUUCACUCUGUGGCCUUGGGCAAGUCACACGAUGUCUCUGAACCUCAGUGUCCCCUCUGAACGCCCUUGGCUUGUCCUGUGGGGACAGGGGUUUGAAAUCACUGCUGUGUCAGACCUUCUCCCAACGGAGCUUCCUCACGGCGGUGGGAGACGGGGACGUGGGGUGGGAGGAGGCGGCCGGGCGGGAGGAGGACAAGGACAGGAUGACCUGAAAGUGGACAGGCCACCGCACCUUCCAUCUGCGUUUCCUUUCUAGCCUCUAGGGUCCCGUCGGCAACAGCCCGCCAUGUGGCUCACUGCUCACUACAGCGAGAGGAGGCUCCUUCAGCCAGGGGCUCGGCCUAAACCCCCCCCCCCCCCGCCCCACUUGGCCCUCCCCAGACAGGGUGGGGCUCAGCCAGAGACUGUGGGUGAGUGAGGCUGGGCCCAGGCCAGCUGGGCAGCUGUGUGUUCAUCUCUGCCUGGCCUGGAGAUGGACAUAGAUGUCCAGAGAGCGACGCUGGCACCAGCCUGCCCAGGUUCAAAGCCCACCUCUGCCCUCACUCAUCCUUGACCUUGCAAAGCUGCUCCAGACCUUGGUUCCCCCACCUGUAAAAUGGGGGUGAUCAUAGCUCCUCUCUUUCUCAUAGGCACGUUGUGAGGCUUAACUGAGUUAAUGCACCCGAAGGGCUUGGAGCCAGCUGCUGACACCGGGAGCGCCAGGUAAACGUUUGCUCUGACGACUCCCGAUGAGACAUUGGAGACUUCCACUGGGGCUGGCUUCCAUUCUUGACCGGCCCAUCGCGUUUCCUGCAGCCACAAACACCUCCCCCUGGAAAGCCGGCGAGGGCCUUGCUGUCCUAGCCAGACCCCCACCAAGAGGGGCUGCUGCUACCUGCCUGCCCCAUCCUUCCAGAAUCCCAAGUCAAAUCCUCAGACAUAGCAGCAAGGACACGCUGGGCUGGCUGACCCAGGUCUCCGGCCCAGCCUCCCCUCUCGGGGGCUGCAAUGCCUGCUCGCCCUGGGGUGGUGGGGGGUCCUGGGGGCCCCGAGUCCCGUCUGCACAGCCUCCUCCAUCGAGCUCGUUUGUUUACUUUUCUGUGUGCAAAGUGACAUGAAAAGAUGGGCAGCUCUGCCCUGGCCGGUGUGGCUCGAUGGUUGGAUCAUCAGCCUGUGCACCGAAG